AUGCACUUUGAUUCUGUGAGUCUAAAUGAGAGAGAGUACCUACAGGAAGACAAGGAGAAUGUCAAACAUCUCCCAAUAACCAGAGAGUACCUACAAGAAGACAAAGAGAAUGGCCAACAUCUCCCAAUAACCAGAGAGUACCUACAGGAAGACAAAGAGAAUGGCCAACAUCUCCCAAUAACCAGAGAGUACCUACAGGAAGACAAAGAGAAUGUCCAACAUCUCCCAAUAACCAGAGAGUACCUACAGGAAGGUAAGGAGAAUGUCCAACAUCUCCCAAUAACCAGAGAGUACCUACAGGAAGGUAAGGAGAAUGUCCAACAUCUCCCAAUAACCAGAGAGUACCUACAGGAAGGUAAGGAGAAUGUCCAACAUCUCCCAAUAACCAGAGAGUACCUACAGGAAGGUAAGGAGAAUGUCCAACAUCUCCCAAUAACCAGAGAGUACCUACAGGAAGGUAAGGAGAAUGUCCAACAUCUCCCAAUAACCAGAGAGUACCUACAGGAAGGUAAGGAGAAUGUCCAACAUCUCCCAAUAACCAGAGAGUACCUACAGGAAGAUAAGGAGAAUGUCCAACAUCUCCCAAUAACCAGAGAGUAUCUACAGGAACAUAAGGAGAAUGUCCAAAACUUCUCAAUAACCAGAGAAUACCUACAGAAAGACCAACAGAAUGGCCAACAUAUCCCAGAAACCAGAGAGUACCUACAGGAAGGUAAGGAGAAUGUUAAACAUCUCCCAAUAACCAGAAAGUACCUGCAGGAAGACAAAGAGAAUGGCCAACAUCUCCCAAUAACCAGAAAGUACUUACAGGAAGACAAGGAGAAUGCCCAACAUCUCCCAAUAACCAAAGGGUACCUACAGGAAGACAAGGAGAAUGUCCAACAUCUCCCAAUAACCAGAGAGUACCUACAGGAAGAUAAGGAGAAUGUCCAACAUCUCCCAAUAACCAGAGAGUACCUACAGGAAGACAAGGAGAAUGUCCAACAUCUCCCAAUAACCAGAGAGUACCUACAGGAAGGUAAGGAGAAUGUCCAACAUCUCCCAAUAACCAGAGAGUACCUACAGGAAGAUAAGGAGAAUGUCCAACAUCUCCCAAUAACCAGAGAGUACCUACAGGAAGAUAAGGAGAAUGUCCAACAUCUCCCAAUAACCAGAGAGUACCUACAGGAAGAUAAGGAGAAUGUCCAACAUCUCCCAAUAACCAGAGAGUACCUACAGGAAGAGUACCUACACGAAGAUAAGGAGAAUGUGCAACAUCUCCCAAUAACCAGAGAGCACCUACAGGAAGACAAGGAGAAUGCCCAACAUCUCCCAAUAACCAAAGAGUACCUACAGGAAGAUAAGGAGAAUGUCCAACAUCUCGCAAUAACCAGAGAGUACCUACAGGAAGAUAAGGAGAAUGUCCAACAUCUCCCAAUAACCAGAGAGUACCUAAAGGAAGACAAAGAGAAUGGCCAACAUCCCCCAAUAAUCAGAGAGUACCUACAGGAAGACAAUGAUAAUGUGCAACAUCUCCCAAUAACCAGAGAGGACCUAAAAGAAGAUAAGGUAAAUGUCCAAAAUCUCACAAUAACCAGAGAGUACCUACAGGAAGAUAAGGAGAAUGUCCAACAUAUCCCAAUAACCAGAGUGUACCUACAGAAAGAUAAGGAGAAUGUCCAAAAUCUCCCAAUAACCAGAGAGUACCUACAGGAAGAUAAGGAGCAUGUCCAACAUAUCCCAAUAACCAGAGAGUACCUACAGAAAGACAAAGAGAAUGGCCAACAUCUCCCACUAACCAGAGAGUUCCUACAGGAAGAGUACCUACAGGAAGUUAAGGAGAAUGUCCAACAUCUCCCAAUAACCAGAGAUUACCUACACGAAGAUAAGGAGAAUGUCCAACAUCUCCCAAUAACCAGAGAGUACCUACACGAAGAUAAGGAGAAUGUCCAACAUCUCCCAAUAACCAGAGAGUACCUAAAGGAAGACAAAGAGAAUGGCCAACAUCCCCCAAUAAUCAGAGAGUACCUACAGGAAGAUAAGGAGAAUGUCCAACAUCUCCCAAUAACCAGAGAGGACCUACAGGAAGAUAAGGUAAAUGUCCAAAAUCUCACAAUAACCAGAGAGUACCUACAGGAAGAUAAGGAGAAUAUCCAACAUAUCCCAAUAACCAGAGUGUACCUACAGAAAGAUAAGGAGAAUGUCCAAAAUCUCCCAAUAACCAGAGAGUACCUACAGGAAGAUAAGGAGAAUGUCCAGCAUAUCCCAAUAACCAGAGAGUACCUACAGGAAGACAAAGAGAAUGGCCAACAUCUCCCACUAACCAGAGAGUUCCUACAGGAAGGUAAAAAGAAUGUUCAACAUCUCCCAAUAAUCAGAAAGUACCUACAGGAAGACAUUGAGAAUGUCCAACAUCUCCCAAUAACCAAAGAGUACCUACAGGAAGUUAAGGAGAAUGUCCAACAUCUCCCAAUAACCAGAGAGUACCUACACGAAGAUAAGGAGAAUGUCCAACAUCUCCCAAUAACCAGAGAGCACCUAAAGAAAGACAAAGAGAAUGGCCAACAUCUCCCAAUAAUCUGA